CUUUAUUCACCUUUUCAUUUUUUCACCUGCCACACUUACAAAUAAAAUACUUCCUCCGUCCAUGAAAGAACUUUCUAGGAGGGAGUGGCAUGAGUUUUAAGAAAAAAUAUUGUUGAGUGUAUUGAGAGUGGAUAAAAGGUAGUUGAGUGUAUUGAGAGUGGUGAAAAUGUGUUAUAGUAAUUAAUAUUGAGAGUUGUGAAAAGUGAAAAGUAAGAGGAUUAUAAGUGGUGGGGUAUAGUCCAAAAAUAGGUAGAAAGUUCUUUUAUGGACGUUCCAAAAAGGAAAGAUAAGAAAUUCUUUUUUGGACGAAAGUACUAAAUUUUCAAUAUUCGUGCUGAAAGGAAAUUGAUCAAAUUUCGGGAGAAGGAUGAAAUAAAUUUUUGUAAAGUGAUAUGACCAGGUGCAAAUCUCCAACACUUUGGGCACUGUAGAACAGUCUUCUCUCUCACCUCUGGCAGUCUUGGUCGACUCAUCUCUCAAAGAAGGCAACGCCCCUCGAUUGCCUGGCUUUCCCUCCCUCCCCCACGUAGCCUCACACACACAUAUAUAUACCCGCAGAAAUCACAUAACCACCCAUCUCCAAUCCAAUUCACCAAAUCAAAUCCAUCAAUGGGGCUCCAGACCCAGCUCUCCGACUUCUCGUCGGAAUCAUUCCUCAUCCUCAUGGUGAUGCUCGUCGCCAAGGGGGUGAGCUACCUCCACUCCCUAAUCCUCACCUUCCUCUACAACCUCGGCCUCCUCUCGCCGCCGUCGCCGUUCGACGCCGAGGGCCGCGACUUCGUCUCCGCGAUCAACGACGUCGUCGGCUCCGGCCUGGCCAGCCUCCUCGUCCUCUGCGACCAGCUCAGCAUAAACCGGGGCCGAUCCUACCCGAACCGGCCCGAGGAUCAGGACGACGCCGACUGCGUCGUGUGCCUGAACCGGCUCGCACGCGGCGACCACGUGCGCAGGCUCGACUGCCGCCACGUGUUCCACAAGGACUGCUUCGACGGCUGGCUCGAGCACCUCAACUUCAACUGCCCCCUCUGCCGCGCGCGGGUCGUCUCCGACGACUUCGUCGAGUCCACGCGGCGGCGCGUCGCCGGCUAUCUGCACGACUGGUUCCCGCCUCACGGCGCGUGAAUCGCGAAUUUCGCCCCCCUUUUUUUUCUUUUUUUUUUAACCCUAACUUUUUGGAGCUCUUCUUUCUUUAUUCUUUUUCUCUGUUAUAAGGUGGGGGCAAUUUUGACUUCUUACCUCUUUUUUUAGUUGCAUUUCUUUCCUCUUCCUUUUUUUUCCACUUCGAAUUGGGUUUUGCAACUGUUUUUUUUUUUUUUUUCGACUUUGGAGUAUGUUUUACCCUUUUUUACUACUUAUAUUGUAAUGAAUAACUGCUGUUAGUUGUUAACGCCAGUUCACGACAUAAAAUAAUUAAAUCAUGGUUGUUUGAAUUAA